GAGUUGGCUCCCACACCUAUUAGUUUUGCUUGGGUAAAUUUCAAAGAUAAUUGAAUUUAUUGUCAACCGUUGGUUUACCUCCUCAUUAUCUCUCCAGGACGCACACAGAGAACAGAGGAGCAGCCAAACAUGGUUUGCUCUUCAUUCUCAACUCUCUCUGGCCCCCUCCAUCAGAUUUCGUCACUCGUUUCUGUUCAUGAAAAUCAGAGAAUUUCUCAGAUGAAAAUUCAAACUGGCUUCAGCAACAGCCCCAAAAUUCUCCUUACUUCUGCUAAUUCUCUCCAAUCCUCUUCUUCUUCUCCAACACCUCGCCCAGCAUUUCUUCAGAAGUCUGUCCCGUUGGCUGCUUCGCUUGCCAUCCUUCUCUUCUCAACUCCAGCUAACGCUGGUUUCUUGUCGGGUUUUCGUGGAAUUGAAUCGGUCCCUGGUCCCAAGUUACCUCCAAUUGAGUUCCUUAAUCGUUUCAAUGAAGAAAACCAGAAGAAGUAUGCAGAAGCUGAUGCCAGAUUCAAAUCAUCUCCCCUGCUCAAGGAACUACUAGAGCGAUCAAGAUUGAACAAAGAGAAGAACCGGCAAGAGAUUCUCGACAAGUACUGCCUCCGUGGGGCAGAAUGGGGCGUGGGGGACUGUUCGACGGAAGGAAUGACACGAGAGGAAAAAGAGAAUUUUAUUGCAGCAUUGAAGCAGAAGGCUGGAGUUAAAUGAGCAGAGCAAUUGGGUAAUGCUGAUGAUUUCCUUUGAUUAGCAGCUCAGCAGAUGGAAUCACCUGGGUUAGAUCUGCAUUGAGAGAAGCAACAUUCCAUACAGCAAAUAUAUAUUGAAUUUUCCUGUUCUGUUUGGGAAGAUGAUUAAGAUGGAACAUGGAUGUAUCAUUUAAUAUGACAAUGUUACAUUGUUCUAUUUUGAGUCAUAGGUAUCAUUGUGAAGUA